AUGGCCCAUCAGAUUCGAGAAAGAGACAAUAGCAUUCCAUUAUCGAACUCGAAGAGAUUCGAUGCCUUUGAGCAGAGAGUGAUAGAUGAUAGCGAAUCCUCUCAUCACGCUGGAGAAGGAAGGCGCAUGUUGUAUCGCACUCAAGGUAUCCCAGAUUUGAGAGAUGGUCAUCGUGAUUUGGAGCGGGCUGAUGCCAGAGGCGGUGCACCACGAUUUGGUGCCAAAUCUCUUGCCAGAGGUUCAAUGAAACGCCGUCACCGACCGGGAGCUUUGGCAUUAAAGGAAAUUCGGCGACUCCAAAAGUCCACUCAUAACCUGAUACCGAAGUUGCCCUUACAACGCCUUAUUCGUGAAGUGGUUCUGGAUUUGUAUCCUAAUAGUGAAUACCGCUUCACUUUGGAAUGUUGCGACGCGUUGCAAGAGGCUGCCGAAGCCCAUCUGAUCCAAAUUCGAUCGAUCGCCAAGAACCUGCGCCGUUCAUGCAAAACGUGUGACUGUGAAACCGGACGAUAUUCAUUUGGUCAGAAAGCUCCAACGAUGGUAGAUGGUUUGUAG